AUGGCUGGUACAUCGAGGAACGUACGGGUACUGGUGACCGGUGCCAAUGGCUUCGUUGGCUCUCACAUUGUCUCAUUGCUUCUAUCGAGAGGCUAUGUAGUGAAUGCUACAGUCAGGCGCCAAACGGCAUCCGAGAAGCUGAUAGCCACCUUCGCUUGCGACCGUCUUCAUGUCUUUGUCAUCCCGGACUUGACCUCGGAGCAGGCUUUGGACGAGGCUAUUCGUGGCUGCAAGUAUGUAGUGCACGUUGCGUCUACAGUACCAAGCAAGGAACAAGCAUCAGGAAUUGACAUCGACUCGGCCAUUAGCAGCAUCGAGAGCGUCAUGAAUUCCGCUGUAGCGCAUGCAAGCGAAAAGGUGGUCUUGACCUCUAGCAUGUCGACUCACUUGGACGUCAAGGCGCCCAUACUAAACGAAUCGACCUGGUACACUCCAGAUCGUUCCUCGACAAAGCUGAUGGUACAGUACAUGUCUUCGAAGACGCUUGUCGAGCGUCGUGCAUGGGAGCUUUCCUCGACUCUCAAGCUGCCGCUUACGACGGUGGCUCCAGUCUAUAUCGGUGGCCCCACAAUCAUUCAUGAACAAGACCCGAAAUCUUCCGUUUCAAAUCAAGACCUUCUGCGCUGUAUCGAGGAUGAGUCCAGGUCAAGGAUACCAGGCUGGAUUGAUGUACGGACCGUGGCGCAUCUGCAUCUACACGCGAUCGAAGAUCACAGCUUGAACGGGCGCAGAAUCUUGGCAUGCACCCACAAUCGAGGCGUCGUACCGAUGGAUUGUUCGUUGAUGAAUUCACUCCUGGCUAAAGACUCUGCGGCUCUCAUCGACUUUGAUCGCACCAAACGCGACCUUCUAGAGCAAAUUGAUGCUUUUAAUUCCGGACAAACGCGACGCGUAGUAGCAUAG